AUGCAUACUCCAGCCCCUCUUCAUGAUGAAGCCCUUGGAACGACUCCAGAGCAAAUCGGAAGAGCGUACCCGCAGAAGGAGCUUUACAUGAGUUUGAUCCUUGUUUUGGGAGAAUUCCACAGGACUGAGGGCUCCCAAAUAAGUCGAAUCCAAUUCAGGAAGGUGUUAGCACUUCUCGAGAGUUACAACAGGAUUUCGGCGUCAGAAAAGGACUCGCUACAGACCACGUUUGAUCGUCGGACAAACAAAGAAUCGUUCUACGAGGCAGUGAAGAGCGUCCAACAGCUUGCAGCGGAUUUGCAAGCAGAUCUCCAGGCCAAGAUUAAGUCGAGUGCUUCUACAGACAUCUACAAGGAGAUGCUGUUCGCCUGGGGAAGUGCGACGCUGGCAGCGCUGGAAGCAAUGUGGAGGGGCCGAAGUCUCUGGCGCAUGCUUCACAAGAUACACCAGCAAGGGCUCGCAGGUUUCUUUGCAGAGAUCAAUACCCUAGCACAACGCCCAGAUCUCGCAGCAGCAAUCAAUUCCAUCAAUAUUGACACUUUAAGGGAGCUAGGACAGAAGGCCAUAAACGAUUACGUUCCUGCGUCUGGCGCUUCAUUGUUGCUACCGACCAUCAUUGAAGCAGUGGACCAAAAGAUCUUCCAAAGCGCAAUAUCUAAGGAAGCUCAAGCCACUGUAGAUCAGUUCCUUAACUUCGUUGGAGACAGUGUUAUUCGAAGAAGAGCUCUCACCACUUUAAUUUCUUCGAGCCCAAAAGUGGAUGGGUAUCGGAAAAGCCUCCAGUCCAGGGAUUCGAUUCUUCCUCAAAGCGGUCUGAAUGCCACUUGGACAGACAAGAUUAUGUUAAAGCUUACUGAAGUCAUUGGAUCCUUGAUGAAAAAAGAAUUGGGGAACAAAGUCACUGCGGGAAGGAUCAAAAGCACGUUGCAACCAGUGAUCCUUCAAGAGCUUGUGGACGUUAGUGAUCUGUCAUUCACUAGUGACAGCGAUAAAGAGAGAGUCUUUGGGAAGCUGUCGGAAUUUUUGGCUGAUCAAAUGUCCCGCCUAUACCAAAUCCAAAAACCAGGCAGGGUUCCGAGAGGGGAAGUGCUUCUGGACGCGCUUUCACUACUCGAAGUAGACGGGAGUGAAGUUAGAGAAGUUGAAGAACGCCUUCGUCACCAAUAUUCUCAGCUUUCCCAGAAAUACGUAGAUCAGCUCAUUUCCGCGGAAGUGAUUGACCUGGAGGGCGUGCUGGAUAUCAUUGGCAAACUGGAGAACACUCUGGGGACUUUGCUGACCCCACUCAUAGAUCGGGCUUUAGGCCUGGUCAAAAAAGCUGCGCAAGUUAUUUCGAGACCCCGAAAAAAGAAACAGAGAUUCCUCUUCGCAUUUGACGCCCUUUCUGCCUCUCUUGAGAAAAUAGAUACGUCGGUGACUCCAGCAGGCAAGCGAAAACAUAUAAGACAUUCUUACAACAGCACUUUAGGGGAUAGUCGGAGGCCUGGAAACCUGGAAUAUAGGACGUGGAGAGUGUUUGCCUUUUCGUGCUUGGGUUGCUGUUCAGCUGAAGAGAGCGAAUUGCUUAAGGCCGCAGUGACCCCCAAACUUCCUGGUGCUGUGAAACCCAUGAAGGACAUGGGGUCUCUCAAACGCAUUUACACUCGAUUCCUCGCCAUUGGGGCGGGUGCUGUCAGCACUGCCGGCUUCCACUUUCUGAGCAAAAUUACAGGCACUCUAAUUCCUGAUCACCUUGUAAACGUCCCCCUUCUCUUCUGGACCCAACUAAGGGCUGGAGCAUUGAAUACAAGCCUUCGGACUGCUUUUAGUCGCUUUAUUGGCCCCGACGCAGCACCAAACAUCAAGCUUGUGCAAAACUCAGUUUGGGUGUCUGGAGUGCAGCCGUGGGUUGACAGUUUGAAGAUGCAGACGGCUGUUCUAGAGCAGAUGCUCGGUAAAAUGGAGGCCGGAGAGCCAAUCAGUCGGGAUUGGUGGAAGCAGCUUCCGCUCCUCGUAUUUAUAAAACGCUCUCUAGACACUGUUCGCUCUUCUGUGUUUGAUCCCAGCACCUUGCACAGAAUAUGGUCUCAAAUCAAGUUUGCCACUAGCGCCCCUUCUGGCCUAUACAAGGUGUUGAUGGCACCUGUGAAGGGUCUCGGUUCUUACUUGUAUCUCCUCUUUAUCGAGCUCAUGAACGGCCUUCUGCCUGCAGAGAACGGUGACUUCCUUGUGCCGCGAGAGCUUCUCAAACAAGAGAAAGGACGGCCUGUUAUGGACAUAGCAGUGGCGAAUCCUCACGACCUCAUCAAGUACUUGCACCGUCUAUUCGACGUCCUCUUAAAGGUCUACGUUCCUAUGGUCCGUGAGCUCUUCGACACUGGCAUCCAGCUGGUCCUGCAAAAGCUGGGAUACCACAUAUCAAAAGAUCAUGGGACACUGGAGGUGUGGAGGCUAAUAAACCAUAUUGCUGACAACGACGUGGAUGAAGAGCUCGAGGAAAUCCUCCGCGAAUUGCUUUUUAGAAUUGCAGACGACAUACUGAGGGUCUGGCCCGCCAUGCCCCUUGGUUCACCCCAGCCUUGGCAACAAAUGUAG